AGCAUUGAAAAAGAUCGAAUUUACACAACCGUGGAUAAAUCGGACAUCUCAUAUAUUUCACUCAAACAAUACCAAAAAACGACGUUUGGUUUAAUUUUCUGGGUUGAUGUGCGUGUCGGUGAGCACGCACAUACGAUCCGAACUCGAACCCAAAGCAAGCUCCGCCCCCCUCCUCCCCGCUCUGUUCUCUCGCCUCCUCCCCCUCCCCCCGCUCCCUCUAUGCUCAGUUCCGUGUGUGUCUCUUCAUUCAAAGGGCGCAAGGGUGGGAAGAAGUCGUCCAACAAAGCAUGUUACAGCGCCGACAUGCCUUGCCCGUCAGAAAGCGAGAAAAUCGUGAUCAACUGCGGCGGGGUGAGACACGAGACGUACCGCAGCACGCUCAAGACGCUGCCCGGGACCCGCUUGUCUUGGCUCACUGAGCCGGACGCGUUCAGCAACUUCGAUUAUGACCCCAAAUCGGACGAGUUCUUUUUCGACCGACAUCCGGCAGUGUUCUCCUUCAUCCUCAACUACUACCGGACGGGGAAGUUGCACUGUCCCAACGACGUCUGCGGUCCGCUGUUCGAGGAGGAGCUCGCUUUCUGGGGCAUCGACGAGACGGACGUGGAGGCGUGCUGCUGGAUGAACUACCGGCAGCACCGGGACGCGGAGGAGGCGCUGGACAGCUUCGAGACCCCCGAGCCGGACGCGCCAGAAGAAGAUCAAGCGCUCACAGGCGGUGCGGACGGCGACCUGAAGCGACUUUGCCUGCAGGAAGACAGAAGAAAAGUUGGCUGGUGGCGCGUUUGGCAACCGAGAAUCUGGGCCCUUUUUGAAGAUCCCUACUCCUCUAAAUAUGCCCGUUAUGUGGCAUUUGGUUCGCUUCUCUUCAUCCUCAUUUCCAUCUCAACCUUCUGCAUGGAGACUCACGAGGCCUUCAACACCAUCUACAACAAGACAGAGAAUGUGUCAGUGGGCAACGUGACACAGGAGAAGAUUGUGUACGAGGUGGUGACGGACAGCUGGCUGACAUACGUGGAGGGCGUGUGCGUCAUAUGGUUCACCAUUGAGGUGUUCAUGCGUGUCACCUUCUGCCCAGAUAAGGUAGAGUUCUUCAAGAGCGUGCUGAACAUCAUCGACUUUGUGGCCAUCCUGCCCUUCUACCUGGAGGUGGCACUGAGUGGCCUCUCCUCCAAGGCUGCCAAGGAUGUGCUGGGGUUCCUCCGCGUGGUCCGCUUUGUUCGGAUCUUACGGAUCUUCAAGCUGACACGCCACUUUGUGGGCCUCCGUGUGCUGGGCCACACACUACGUGCCAGCACCAACGAGUUCCUGCUCCUCAUCAUCUUCCUUGCCCUGGGUGUGCUCAUCUUCGCCACCAUGAUCUACUAUGCCGAGCGCAUCGGCGCCAACCCAGACGAUCCCACGGCCAGUAACCACACCGACUUCAAAAACAUCCCCAUUGGCUUCUGGUGGGCUGUGGUCACUAUGACCACGCUGGGCUAUGGUGACAUGUACCCAGAGACAUGGUCGGGAAUGCUGGUGGGUGCGCUGUGCGCCCUGGCGGGCGUGCUGACUAUCGCUAUGCCUGUGCCCGUCAUUGUCAACAACUUCGGUAUGUACUACUCUCUAGCAAUGGCCAAACAGAAGCUGCCCAAGAAGAAAAACAAGCACAUCCCGCGAGCGCCACAGCCUGGCUCGCCCAACUACUGCAAGCCCGACGCACUCGCCAUGGCCACUGCCUCGCCCCAAGGGAUCCUGGGUAAUGUGCUGGGUGGGGUGAUUGGGUCAGCAGGGCUGACAGGAGACUGCCCCCUUGCUCAGGAGGAGAUCAUAGAGAUAAACAGAGACUCAAAGCAGAACGGUGACGCAGCGAGUGCAGCCCUGGCGGACGAGGACUGCCCCACCAUCGACCAGGUCCUGAGCCCGGACGAGCGCAGUCCAGUGGGGCGCACGCGAGAACGUUACCAGCAGGACCGUGCCUGCUUCUUGCUCAACACACGCGAGUUCCGACCCGCUGACGGGAACGUCCGGAAAGCCACGGGCUAUGAGAAAUCCCGCAGUCUGAACAACAUAUCGGGGAUGGCGGGGUCUUCUCUGCGUUUAACCCCCAUCACCAGCACACCCUAUGACCCCUACGAGGCCCCAGGAACCCUGCGUCGCUGCCGCUCCCCUAUCCCCUCCAUUUUGUAGCACAGUGCGCUAAGACAAUAGAAAAUCACUAGAACUCAGGACAGGAGGAGAGGAGGAUGGCAUGGGGGCUGUGCAUGUGAGCAAACGUGCUGUAGGUGUGUGUGUAUGUGUUGGUGUAAGCAUAGUCUGAAGAUAGAGGCCCAGUCUCACAGUCCAACUCAUAGCAAUAACCCCCAAAAGAUCUUGAGUGUGUAAUGUUCCACCUCCUCACCUUUCCUUUUCAUGGAUUCAGGUGCAUACCUGACCCAGCUAACAAAAUUAUGUUGUCAGAACGUUCCCCUAACAUUCCAUUUUGGUUGUGGGAAUGUUGCAUUGCAAUUUCUUCUGAAUGAGAAAAUGUCCAGUUAUCUUAGAAUUCCCAGAACAUUUUUCUUAAAUUAGAUAAAUGUUCUCAGAAUUUGCACCUAUUUGCACCUAGAAUAUUAUAUUCUAGGAAUAUUGUCUUAGAACGUUCUAAGAGCAUUUAUGGAUAGAUUUUUAUAUGCUUUUCUUAAUGUCAUUAGGACUUUAUUGGUAAAUUAGUAAAAACCUUUCCCUGAACAUUACCUCAACCUCAUUCACACCAACAAUUUAUCAUCAAUAUCAAUUAUCAAUAGUAAUAAUGCAAUUUCAAUUGCUAUAACACUCAAUUGCUAUAACAAAAUUAAGGCAAAAAGAAUAGACUUAAGGUAAAAAUUGUAUUAUAAUAAAAAGAAUUGUUGUUUUUGUUAUUGAUAAACAAUCAUCAAUUAAUUAAAUCAAUUGGGAAAAAUUAUUUGUUAAUCAGAAGGUAGAAAAAAUAUCUCAAAUUCGUGUACUGGUGGGCAAAGGGGGUCUCUAUAUUCUCCACAUGCAAAUAAAUAAAAAAAAUAAAAUAUAAAUAAAUAAAUAAAUAGUCUAAUGAUACUGCAUUGCCUUGGCCUGCACGUGGUGUGGUCUAAAGUAACCAGCAGCCCCAUUUAAACAGACUUGGGAAUAGGAUACAUACAGAAAUGUAUUUAUAUUUAGAAUUACAUGGAAAUCAUUGUUUACAUUUUAACCACUGUAGCUGUAACAACAAACAUCUGCCUGAUGAUGCAUUUCAACAUAAAAAUAAGGCUAAAACAUAGUCCUAAAGGACAGGCUCACAACCUUGGUUCAUAAGCUACCCAUUCUCCAAAUUGUUGUGUUUUCUAUGCUAUAACACACCCAUUUUAUCCAUAAGGAGGUCUGGGUUCUUUUAAUGAUUAUUUAGACCAGAUAUGUUUUGAACAGGGAAAACAACAAAACAUUCAGAGCAGCAGAUACUCAGGCUUGAGAUCCACUGCCAUAGUUUGAGUGACUCUGUAGUGUGUAGUAUGUUUAAGAACAUAAAUCUAAUGAGGAGCUAAGGUGAAACUUAACCCUUGAACCCCUAUGCAGAGCAUAUUUUAAGGUAUUCCAGAAGGUGUUAUAGUUUUUCCAUGUUGACAUGCUGCUGUGCUAAUGUCCUGAAACUCAAUCAUACAAAAAGGGUGCAAGCACAAUAGUUUUCAACACACCAAAUUGCUUUACAUGGGCUUCCACAGCAUUGUCUCAAUGCAAAGAAGAAAAAUUUUUAAAAAUAAAAAUAAAAAGAUUACCAGAAAGAUUAAACAUCCCUACAUUGCAAACUAAAUAUUUUAUACCAUACAUUAGAGAGGAUACAAAGAACCCUCAUUAACAUAUAAGAUUUAUGUUAUUUAAAAUAAGAUUCUGAAAAAGAUUUAGGCUAUAUAAGCUUUAAUAUUGUAGAAGAACUGUUUGAUUUGGCAAUUACAUUUCUGACUUCUUGUCUAGUUAUAGGUUGAUGACUGCUAUGGGACCUAUAGAGAUUAUUAUUAUUAAUGGUAAUAUGGCUACCAAAAUCUUUUCUUGUAUAAAUUAUUCAUGUAGCUAUGCGUACCCUGAAAUUUUUCUAAAAUUUUUUAAAUCAUUUUUAAUUACAAUUUCUUUUCAUGUUCUAGCAAAUUUCCUUUGUGCUACCAUAUUUGCCCGUUAGCACUAGUGCUCUGGCCUACUAGCUAUUAUCUAGUAGAGUCAAAACAGAGGGCAUGAAAAAUGUAUGAGCUUGUACAAUAUUAAAACUUUAUUUAAAUAUUUAGUUCAAGGCUGAUUUAUAACAAUAGAAUUUACAUUAAUAUUAAUAACUUGUUGAAAGUUCACCUUUUUAUUAGAGCAUACAACGUGAAAACCUGUGGAUAAAAGAUUUCCUUCGGCUAUUUUAACUUUUUUUCUAAGGAGUUUUUCUUUCGUCUUUUUUCUAAGGAGUUUAACACAAAAAAAUUAUAAGCAUAAUUAUUAAGCAUAACUGGCAGUAUUUUAAUGUUAACAUAGCUUCACCAUUUUUUCAAUACAUUAUUUUUUCUUAAGUCUCAGGCAUGCAGUUAGCUAGCUAUCUCUGCAUUUCUGAAAAGGCCAAUAUUUUACCAACACAAAAAUGAUGUCUCCCUGUCUAACAUCUUGCAAGAUAGCUAGCUAGCUAGGAUAACUAACCUAACUAACCUACAAAUAUUUAACAAAAUGGCAACGUGCUAGCUAUCAAUCUAACUAUCUAACUAUAUCCAGAUAUCUAGCUAGCUAACUUUAGGCAACUUUAUUUACUGUGUUCACUGAUCAUUCUAAUGUGAUAUGUAUAUACUAUAUAUAAGUGCCCAUUAUAUCAUUAUGCAAACAGAUUUUCAUAAGAGAAAAAUAUUAAAGCAAAAGUUAGUGUAAUACUCAAAUAUAUGCAUUAAAUACUAAGAUGUUUUUGAUUGGUUUGGUUUUAAGGCAAGGUGAAUAGGGUAAAAAAUUUAACUAAUAGAGUUCACCAUGAAACCUCCCCAGUUGAUUAUUUACAUUGAGAUGGUUACUUUUUGUAUUACAGGUUUUAUGUUUAAAUAUGCAAUUGAUGAUUCAUCUAAUGAAAUAUGCAAUAAUUUGCAUACAUUUCAAGUACAAAUGUGAAAUGUGGCUAAAGUCGGGUUCAAAACUCUUGUUUCAUUUGUUGACGUCUUAGAAUCAAAAUUUUAUACAGAGGUAAUUGUGGAUAUCUAUUUUUAUCACGCCAGAAUAAUAAAAUGGUGGCAUCAACCAUAAAAAAUGUCAUCAUAUUUUUAGGCAUAAAAUCUUACAUAAUUCAGGCUAUGAAUGAUAUAUAAAAACUCCCCUCAGUAAAAAUGUUCUGAAUAUACAGAUGGAUAAAAAUGGAAAAUUUGGUAAGAGUGUGAAAAUAAAACUCAAUUUGAGUAAACGGCCUUUAAAUAUAUAUAUUUAAAAAUGGCAUACAUUUGUAUUGGAAACCACUAUUUACAAUUACAAUAACUAAUUAUAUCAUUAGCAACAAUGAUAUACAUCUCUAAUAACAAAAAAUAGAACAGCAAUAUAGAAUAAUCUAGUAACUUGUAAUAAAUAAAAAAAUAACAUAGCAUGUAUGGCCUUCAACUGAAAAGAAACACGUGCACACACACACUGCCACCAGAAGAACUGCCACCCUAAAUUGUUGUAUAUCUGUCCUGUACAACACAGCCUAGUUACCCAUUCCUGCUUACAUCCUAGUUGUCCAUCCCUGCUCCAUAUAUCAGUCCCUCUUCCAUUUCCUGCUGAUUUCUUUUUUAGUUUUAUAGCUUGCUCAGACUCUUGUGCCCGUUUCACCCUGGCGAUUGUGACAUCCUCAGCGUUUGAAGUUCUGAGAACAUCAGCUUCCUUCGUUGCGUUGACAGUAAUAACUGUGCUCUGAAGCCACAGCCUCUGUAUAAUAUUUAGCAUGACAGAGACACCUUCAUUAAAAGUGGAGAUGGCCAUACUUGCUUCCCCCUCAACCCCGUUUUUUUCCCACAAAGACCACGGCCAUAUAACGGAGGUGAGGCACUCCUUUGCAAUUUGAGUGAUUCUUUGGUGCAUUCGCUGCAACAGGCUGUCGCUCAACAUGCAGUUGUACACUGCUACAGACUGUAGUAGCGGUAGUGCAUGUCAUGUUAGAAUGCUAACUUUUCAUGAAUUUAGGGAAAUUACAUGAAAGGAGUCAUAUUUUGUAGGCAAAAUAGCCCAAAAUCUCAAAGUUGACCAGUGCAUGAUAAAACCAUGUUUUUGCCUACCAUGUCUUGCCUUAAAUAAGACAACUGUCUUAUUUGUCUAGUACCCUGGCAAGAAUACAAUAUCCACAACCAUAUUCUACAUAAUCAUGUAAGUGAUACUCAUCUAAACAUACACAUCAUGCCAUCUUUGGUGCUGUUAAUAGGACCUCUUAAAAGUCACUGUCAUUUUUAUGUUUAUCCGUUUUUUGCAAUGCACUUUGUAUAUAUGUUUUAUUGUAAUUCGUUAUUGCAUUUUUUAUUUAUUCUGUCCAAA